AUGUCCCAGAAUCCUCCACGAAUCCUCAUCAUCGGUGCUGGCUCUCGAGGUUUCGCAUAUGCCAGAGCUACCAAAGAGUCGACAAAUGGCAUCGUGGUCGCAGUUGCAGAGACCAUCGCAUCCAAACGAAAGCGGAUGGGCGAGAUGUAUAUCUGGGGCAAAGCUGGUCCAGCGGAUGGACAACAGUUUGAGAAUUGGAAGCAAUUUGCUGCCUGGGAACAGGAGAGACGCACAAAAGCCUCGCAUGGCGAGGAUGUACCUGAAGGGGUAGAUGCUGUUUUCAUCUGUGUACUUGAUGAGAUGCAUAAGGAGGUCAUACUUGGACUGGCACCCUUGGGUCUCCAUAUUAUGUGCGAGAAGCCGUUGGCUACGACUUUGGAUGACUGCGUCUCGAUAUACAAAGCGAUGCUGCCAAACCUUCCUGACACAACACCAUCUAAGAUAUUCGGCAUAGGCCAUGUCUUGAGGUAUAGCCCUCAUAACAUGUUGCUUCGAAAACUGCUACUUGAAGACAAGGUGAUUGGGGAAAUUAUGUCCAUCAAUCAUACAGAGCCGGUAGGAUGGUGGCACUUCACGCACAGCUACGUCAGGGGCAAUUGGCGCAAAGAAUCUACAACAGCUCCCUCUCUUCUCACGAAAUCCUGCCAUGACAUAGACCUGCUCCUUUGGAUCAUGUGCUCCCCUCCACCAGGCUCAACCAAGCCAGCACACAUUCCCACACAGCUCAGCUCUACAGGAGCUUUGCAAUAUUUCAAUCAGACGCGCAAGCCGACCGCCGCAGGUGAUGCUACGAAUUGCCUCUCAUGUCCUAUUGAGGAAUCAUGCAAAUACUCUGCGAAGAAGAUAUACCUUGGAGCGCAGCACAAAGGUCUUGGCUCUGGAAACGCCCACUGGCCGGUGGACAUCGUGGUCAAUGACAUUGAGGAAUGUAUAACUCAGAGCGGUAAAGCUGCAGGCCAAGCCGCUGUCAUGUCAAAGCUCGAAGAAAAUUAUACAAACCACACUCCAACUUCGGAAGUAUCAUCCAAGAACUGGUUUGGCCGUUGUGUCUACGAGUCAGACAACGAUGUCUGUGAUGACCAAGUGGUGACCAUGAAAUGGGAAAAUGAACCACUUCCUGGCGAAACUGACAAAGAAAAAGCUCUUGCUGGUCGAGGUGCGAAGACGGCUGUAUUUCAUAUGGUUGCUCACACUAAGAAGAUCUGCGAAAGGUACAGUCAUAUAUAUGGCUGCGAUGGUGAGAUCUACGCAGAUAGUGAGAAUAUCACAGUUGAGAACUUCAUCACGGGUGAGAAGACGAUUUACAAGCCUCACAUCGCUAAAGGCGGUCAUGGUGGUGGUGAUGAUGGUCUUGCAAGGCAAUUCAUCCUUGCUGUCGAUGCUGUGAAGAACCACGGAGUUAGUGCUGAAGAAGCACAGAGAGUCCAUGUUGGCUGCAGCUUGGAAGAAGUAAUCAGGAGUCAUGCAAUGGUAUUCGCUGCAGAACACGCGAGGUUAGGCAAGCAAGUGGUUGACUUUCCUCAGUGGUGGAGCAAAGAAGUUGAAGCCAAUCUUGUGAAGGUUUGA